UAAAAGGACUGAGCACCAUCUCUGUCAUAAUGCAAGAUUCCACACUUAUCUUGGCCUUUCUAAUGGUUGCACCAGUGAUGAGCACAGCUGCUAAUCUGACUGACCCCUGCUACAACUACACUGUGCUGAGUAACUCAUGGAGAUCCGUCAAUAAUACAAAUAACGGCUACAACUGUGACCAGUCAGUCUCCUGGAGCGGCUGGUAUCGGCUCUUCAUUAAUGGUCUGAGUGCUCAUAUCCCAGACACAUGUGUUGCAGUGUCUAGAUGUGGCACUGAUUACCCACUGUGGAUUCGUGGUGGACACCCAACAGUAGAGGAUGGAGUCGUCACUCGAGAUGUCUGUGGUAACGCUGGCAGUUACUGCUGCUAUUUCGGCUCUUUUCCUAUUGGAGUCAAAGCCUGUCCAGGAAAUUAUUACGUCUAUGAGCUGCUUAAACCAACUACCUGUAAUUUAGCCUACUGUGCAGGUAAUUAUAUCACAUUAUUUCAGUUUAUGACUGGAUGCAGCCAUUUUAAAUUUUGAAGAUUAUGUAGUUGGCCAGUUAGUGCACUUGUUAGAAGCACAC